AUGACAACUCACAAGGCUGCCUCAAGCGCGCAGCUUACUGAUCACCGAAGAUGCAAUUCGAGUACGGCCCCGCCCCCGAUUACGCCUCUCUCAACGCCCCAUUCAAAGGUUCCGAUAUCACCUCUACCUCCAAUCAAUCGUCAUUUCGGAUCCGAAAGCAACGCUUCGCACCGUGGACAUUACCCAUCGUGGCCGACUCAGUCUCGUUCAGCCGCGAAUAAAGAAGCAGCCAAAGACCAUGGUGAUAGCGUUGUGGAAGGCAGUCAGUGCCGCCCUUCCUAUCCGACUGUGGCGCCGGUCCCGCGCUUUGUCGAUCUUUUCGAACACCAUCCUGUGGACGCUGAAGACUGGAUCAUGCAAGCACCUGGUAAGGAACCGGCGCUGCGCUUUGUCAACCCUUCAAAGCACUAUACUGUGGACGAUGAAGACUGGAUUAUGCAAGCACCUGGUAAGGAACCAGCGCUGCGCUUUGUCAACCCUUCAAAGCACCGUAAUGUGGACGAUGCAGACUGGAUUAUGCAAGCACCUGGUGAGGAACCGGCGCUGCGCUUUGUCAACCCUUUAAAGCACCGUAAUGUGGACGAUGCAGACUGGAUUAUGCAAGCACCUGGUAGAGACGCCUUCUCUCCACCCACAGUGGUGGCAGAGUACUCAUCACAACCACCUCACGAUUAUUUGGCGGCAUCCGAAAAGGCAGUUCAAGACACUGAGAGCCCCAUGAACGGCACUCAGCGCCGCUUAUCGGUGGCAUCGCUUUCAUGCCAUGUCGACACAACAGGGUGUCGACCGCUCAGAAGAUUAUAA